CGCGCGCGCGACGACGCGCCCGCUGCUCUCCGCGGCCGCUCCGCUCCGCUCUAAGCUCCGCCAGCACCCGGGCCCCGCGCCAUCGAUCCCGUCGCGCCGUAUUCCGCGCCGCACGUCGCACGCUGCACGCUACUCGCUACUCGCUACUAGACCGCGCGGACAACAUGAAACUGUGAAGUGUCGUGCCGUGCGGACAGUGAUCAUUGACUCCAGUGAUUAUUACACACUUACUUAAAACUGUGAAAAAUGACGUCCCAGUUCGCCUUCCGUGGAUCGCCCCCCAACCAGAGCACCAUAUCGACAGCCUCCAACAGUCCGCCGCCGGCGCAGGCGGGUGUGAGCGGCGGGGGCGGAGGCGGCGCGGGGGGCCCGGCACGACCGAGCUCGCCCGCCGCCGCGCCCCGAUGCUGCGACACCGGCCGCCCUAUAUUUCAAGACCCUAUCACAGGACAGACAGUGUGCUCGUGCCAGUACGAGUUCCUCAACUACCAGCGUCUGGCUUCGGGCGUGCCGCUGUCGAUGUACAGCGCGCCGUACUCGGAGGCCGCUGCUGCCACCGCUGCCACCGCUGCCGGCAUGGCCGCGUACUUUCCUGCACUCUCCGCUGACCAGCCGCCCUUCUAUACUAACACUGCUGCAGGAAUCGAGCUGAAAGAAAAUUUAGCAGCGAGUGCUGCCAGCUGGCCCUAUCCCACAGUUUAUCACCCCUACGAUGCGGCAUUUGCUGGAUACCCUUUCAACGGGUACGGAAUGGAUCUAAAUGGUGCGAGAAGAAAAAAUGCAACGCGUGAAACAACAAGUACGUUGAAAGCCUGGUUGAAUGAGCACAAGAAGAAUCCAUACCCGACCAAGGGCGAGAAAAUAAUGCUGGCGAUCAUAACAAAGAUGACGCUCACACAAGUGUCCACGUGGUUUGCGAACGCACGUCGUCGCCUCAAGAAAGAAAACAAAAUGACCUGGGAGCCCAGGAACAGGGUCGAUGAUGAUGACAACAACAACGACGAUGAUGACCACAAGAGCAACGACGGAAAAGAUGCACUCGAUGGUAAAGACUCCGGCACCGGUUCGAGCGAAGAUGGUGAAAGGCCGCAACAGAGGUUGGAUUUGUUAGGACAGCGAACAGAAUCAGAAUGGUCAGAGUCACGUGCUGAUAGUGGGCCUGAGUCACCGGAGCCCUACGAGAGGCCCAUACAUCCGGCUUACCAACAUCUACCUUCGCGUGCUCCACCCGGAAGCACUUCAGCUUCAGCUAAGCCGAGAAUUUGGUCGCUCGCUGAUAUGGCGAGUAAGGAUGGGGAGACUCCAGCGCCGCCGCCCUCGGCCUCGGUGUUCUAUCAAUCAGCAGCCGCGGCAGCCGCCGCUCGCCUCGCCCAUCCUUACGGUAGGCCCGAACUGUACCGAGGCCUGUAUCCUCCUGCACAUCCCACGGACGUGGCGCUGCUGGAGUACUCGCGCUCGUUGGCGAUGGCAGCUCCGGCACCCGCGCCGCCCGCCCCCUCCCCGUCCUCCUCGUCCACAUCGUCUCUGGCCGAGCCGCCGCCCCCGUCCCGCGCCUGACCGCCAGCCCCUCGCCCGCCCCUGGCGCAUCGACAAUAACUGCGAGGGUCUUCUCCUCUGUAAAUAAUGAUUAUAUAAAUAUGUAUACAUACGUAUAUAUACGUGAUAAUAAUUAAUUUAUGCACCGGUAGAGAAGCUUAGAUUUGUGAUAGUGGACACAAGCGUGAGGUUGACAACUCGCAACCGACGUCGGCGCCGCGCUGCGCCGACCGACCGACAAUAUUAGGUGCUAAUACAAGUUGGACCUUGCGACAUGUUGCUCUAGUUAUUAUUGGAGGUGGUUAAACGAAAGUGAAAAAUAGGUAUUAAUAUGUGUUAUGUUUCUUAUAGGCGAACGGUCACGUUCUAGACUAUUAAUUUGGUAAUCAUGUAGAGUGUAAAUUAUUUUCGAAAUGUUCUCCUUUAUAUUUAGUGCCUAAU